UCCUUAGUGAUGUAAACUCUAUGUACCUGUCGUCCACGGAGCCGCCCGCCGCUGCUGAAUGGGCGUGUCUCCUGCGACCUUUGAGGGGCAGAGAGCCAGAAGGCAUCUGGAACCUUCUGUCCAUCGUCAGGGAGAUGUUCAAGAGACGAGACAGCAAUGCUGCCCCCCUGCUGGAGAUUCUCACUGAGCAGUGCCUCACCUACGAACAGAUCAUCAGUUGGUGGUACAGUGUUCGGACCUCAGCGUCCCACAGCAGUGCCAGCGGCCACACCGGGCGCAGCAACGGCCAAUCUGAGGUGGCGGCUCACGCAUGUGCCAGCAUGUGUGAUGAGAUGGUGGUGCUAUGGAGGCUGGCGGUGCUUGACCCCACCAUGAGCCCCUGCAGGCGUCUGGAGCUGGCCGGGCAACUAAAGCAGUGGCACCUGAAGGUCAUAGAGAUCGUGAAGAGGGGACAACACCGCAAGUCUCUGGAUAAACUGUUCCAGGGCUUCAAGCCUGCUGUGGAGUCCUGCUACUUCAACUGGGAGGUGGCCUACCCGUUAGAGAGCAUCACCUACUGCAGCGCUGAUAAGAAGAGCGCCACCUUCUGCUGGUCCAGGGCAGUGCUGCACCAGAGAGGGGUCAAAGCUGCUGCAGGAUCGGGGGGAGAAACCCCUGAAGGCGGAGCGGGGGGCAGAACUGAAGGCGGAGCAGGGGGGGAUUUUAAAGGCAGAGGUCACACGUCCCAACAGGAGGUGGCAGUACGACCCAAGGAGACCUUACUGACCAAGAGGAAGGGGCUGUCAGUGAGCGGAGGGGGGGGUGUGCUGGUUCGUCUGGGGGGGGGUGUCUCUCUGUCCCUGGAAGAUGGAGGAGGGAAGUGCAUGUACAAGGGGCCGGGUUCCUCCUCUGGAGGGAAGCUGAAACUGACCCAGGGAGGUGGGAAGGGGGCCUCUGUAGGGGGUCCUGUGGGAGGGAGUGGGGUAGGAGGUGGUAAGCAUGCCAGUGCCAAGCGGAGAACCAGCAGUGAGGACAGCUCCCUGGAGCCGGACCUGGCCGAGCUCAGCCUGGAUGACGGCUGCAGUCUGGCUCUGGGGGCAGAGGCGAGCAACACCUUUGAGUUUCUCCCCCCUCCACCUGAGAUGCUUCCCUCCCCGAGCCCACUGCUUCGAGACUCACGUAAGUACAGCAACAGCAACGGGGGGAGCAAGACAUGUGAAACAAAGCGUGUGAGCCAUGCCUCGGCUGCACUUCCUGCUUCAGAGCCGGCUCCCCCCUGCUUCCCCCCCAAAGAGACGGUGGUGGUUGUGAUGGACAUGCCCAGCGCUGCAGAAAAGGACGCAGAGCAGGAGGUCGAGCCGGUUCAGAACAAAGAGGAAGAUGUAGACUCCGCUGGCAGUAACCAGCCUUCCACUUCAAUCGCAACAGUGACAUCAGGCUCCACUCAGAACUCCAAGCCUGCACGGGGCCGCAGAGAGGCGGGGCCCGCUGAAGCAGCAGCAGGGAGUGGGGGGGCAGCUAACCAAGCAGCAGAGGCAGCAGGUGGAGCUGCAGGAGGAGAACCUGUGGGUGAGGACGACUACCAGGCAUACUACCUGAGUGCUGCCUCGGAGGAGGGAGCAGACAGACAGCUGGCUGAGGGCCACCAGGAGGAGGAGCCUGAUAUCUUUGCAGGGAUGAAGCCGCUGGAGCAGGAGGGUCGCAUGGAGGUAAAGAAGGAGGAGUGUUCACAGUCAAGGCACUACAGGAAGGCAAAUACACCAGAACCUCAUCCAUAGACAUUAAACAUUAAAGGUCCC